GCCUCAAAUUUUGUUCUUUUGUUACUGGAAAAUUUAGGAGGGAUUAAUUUGCGCAAGAUUUUCUAGUUAUUUCAGUAUCAGUGUUUGGUUUUUGUUUCAACAUUUUGAAAGUUAUUCAUUUUUAUUUUCUUUCUUUCUGUCAGGGGGUAUAAGCGUUUUUUCAGGCGGGCUAUGCUUGAAACGUCAGAUUUCCUUAAGGAUGAUUGCUUGAAAAUCAAUUGCACUGUCGGUGUUGUGGUUUCAGAAACAGAUCGCCCAAGGUUGCACUCCAUACGUGUCCCUGAAUCUGAUAUUGGAGAUCAAUUUGCUGUGUUGUUGGAAAAUGAAGAAAGCUCAGAUGUUACUUUUAUCGUGUCCGGGGAAAAGUUCUAUGCUCACAAGUUGGUACUGGCUGCUAGGUCUACUGUGUUUGAAACUGAAUUUUCUGACAGGAUGGAGGAAGACGGUUGUGAAAUACUCAUCACAGAUAUGGAGCCCAAGGUUUUUAAGGCUUUGCUUCAUUACAUAUACAGAGAUACUCUAAUUGAAGAUGAAGGGCUCUCAGGGACAAGUGCUGUGACAUCUGUAUUCAACACAUUACCUGCAAAGUUGUUAGCAGCAGCAGACAAAUAUGACUUGCCUAGACUUAGAUUGAUGUGCGAAUCUGUAUUUUGCAAGGAUAUAUCAGUGGACUCCGUUGCACAUAUUUUGGCCCUGGCUGACCAUUAUCGUGCUAUGGAACUAAAAUCCAUUUGCUUGAGAUUUGCUGCAGCAAAUCUUGUUGCUGUUUUGCGAGCAGAUGGUUUCCAGUAUUUGAAAGAUAACUACCCAUCACUGCAAUCAGAAAUUCUAAAGACCGUGGCAGGAUGCGACGAAGUCAGUGGAGGAGGAAAGAGCCGUAGUGUUUAUGGACGGUAUUCUGAAGGGGCUGACACACUUGAUAGGAGUAUCAGGCAACAAACCUGGGAAAAUGGAGAGGAAGGAAAUCGUAGUGAUUGGAUACCAUUACCGUUGGUUGGGGAUGAUGCAGUUGAUGGAAGUCCUAUGCAAGAGGAAUAAUGUUGGAAAGACCUUGCAUUUGUUUGUCAAAUGAAAUUAAUAACACCAAAAGAACAUAAAAGAGUGGGGAAAAUGGGAAAGGUUAACACCAAAGGUGCUAUUGCCCCCAACUUGUGAUUUUUUGCCUUUUGGUUGUGUUUAAUAAUGGACAUUUUACUGAUGGCAUUUUGAUGGAAAUCAAAAUGGAAUGCAAUGUCAUCCUAAACCCUUUGGAAGCACAUUUAGAGCGAUCAUUUCCUUUAUACGGUUGCAGCAAUUUCGUAGUUUUUACUAUAAAUAUCAGGUAAGGUG